AGCCAACAGGCACAAUAUAUUACAGUCUAGGGCUUGCUGCUGAAAAGCCCGUUGGAUCCUCCACUGACCUGCUGUUCUUUCCUGCUUUCCUCUUGCGUUUUUUUCCACAUUUAGAUUAAAAACAAAGCUCUCACUCUCUCUCUCUUUCUCUCCCCUCCCCUUUUCUUCAUCUUCCUCUUCUUGUUCUCCUUUUUCUCCUUUUUUUGCAGCAGCAGUCAAGGCAGAAGCUUUAGUGUGUCAGAGUGAGGGUAAAGAGGGGGAAAAAGCAGAGAAGAAGACUAUUUGGACGGAGCUGAGUGUGUGUUUAUGUUUGUAUGUCUCACCAUUGGACGGCCGAGUGAAGAGGCACGAGGAGAAGAGGUAGAGGAGGAGGAGAAGAAGAUGGAAGCCUGCCUGGAUGAAAUUCUCUGUGUCAUGUCACUACGUGUGGACCUUGACUGAUCACAGGGUGAGGAAAAGGAAGAGACACGCUGAGAGGAAGACAGGGAGGUGGAGAAACCGAGACUUUGGUUUUAUUGGGAAAAGAAGAUAAGAAGGAGGAGGUACAAGUCUGGCGCUCCGUUUUAUCAUGACAUGGUUGGAUAAACGAACUGACGGACUGAGCGCUCUUCAGUUGUGUGUUAACAGGAAUUCGCCUUAAAAGAAAAGAAGGAGAGAGACUUUGGAAGAGUAAAGACUGCUGUGUUAAACCCAGCUAAGGAGCAGGGACUGGACUUACAGUGUGUGUGUGUGUGUGUGUGUGUGUGUGUGUGUUUGUGUGUGUGUUUGUGUGGCUGUGUAACCGGUGGAGGGCAGAGGAGUGGAGGGCCAGGGGACUAACCUGGCCAUCAAACGGACUGGCAGCCUCUCCUCUCCUGGGAUCAUGUACCCUCAGGGUAGGCAUCCGGUCCCCUUACAACCCGGCCAGUCUUUUAAGUUCACAGUCCUGGAAACCCUGGACCGUAUCAAGGAGGAAUUCCAGUUCCUCCAGGCGCAGUAUCACAGCCUGAAGCUGGAGUGUGAGAAGCUGGCCAGUGAGAAGACUGAGAUGCAGAGGCACUACAUCAUGUACUACGAAAUGUCCUACGGUCUCAACAUUGAGAUGCACAAACAGGCGGAGAUUGUCAAGCGUCUCAGUGCCAUCUGCGCUCAGAUCAUCCCUUUCCUCUCUCAAGAGCACCAGCAACAGGUGGUCCAAGCAGUGGAAAGGGCGAAGCAGGUCACCAUGGCUGAACUCAAUGCCAUUAUCGGGCAGCAGCAGCUCCAGCACCUGUCUCACCAUGCUCCUGGCAUUCCUCUGACGCCACACCCAUCAGGCCUGUCCCUGGGGGCAGGGGGCUCAGGGCUUCUUGCGCUGACAGGGGCUUUGGGGGUCUCGGCACACCUUGCCUCCAAAGACGACCGCAACCACCUUGAUCCCGAACAUCUCAGAGAGGGAGCACCUAGCAGGAGUAAGUCAGUGUCAUCAACAGACAGUCAGCCCACUGAGGAGCGCCAGGGCCCAUCAGGAGGCUACUCCUCCUCGCAGGGAGGAGCUGAGGCAAAGAGGAGGCGCUGUGAUGAUAAAGAGCCCCUUCCGCCACACUCCUAUGACAGUGAUGGAGACAAGAGUGAAGACAAUCUUGUGGUGGACGUUUCCAAUGAAGAGCCUAACUCUCCUGUGGGCAGCCCUCCUCACUCCCCCCACGGGAAUGGGUUAGACCGGGCUCCAACCCUAAGGAAAGAGCUCCCGGGCUCCUCAAGCACAGGAGAGGCUCCCUCCACCCCAAACCCUCGCAGCCCCACCCCAGGGAAGGGCAAGGACCCUGCACAGAUGGAUAAGUCCCAGUCUCCGUUGUCCAAGUCUGGCACCCCAUCCCCGUCCCACCGUGAGGCCCUUACCCCAGGAGCCCCAGGAGCCCCUGGUCCUAGCACCUCCUGCCUUCGUCUGGUCAGCAAAGCAGCAUCCAGCGCAGACCCCCUUGCUCUCCGCAGUCCCAUGUCUGUGCCCUCUGGUUCAUACCCAGCUCAUUUUGGCGUGGUGUCCCACGCAGGCCUGAAUGGGGAGCUGGCCAGCCCAGGAGGUUUCGGUGGGGCUCUAACUCUCUCUCCACAAAUCAGUGCAGCAGCCAAUGCCUACUCCCGAAGCCCCAUGGUGGCAUAUGACUCUCGGUCUCACCUGAGGGCGCCAGGGCUGUCCUCUUCUCUGCCUGGUUCCUCUGGCGGCAAGCCUGCCUACUCGUUCCAUGUGAGCGCAGACGGCCAGAUGCAGCCGGUGCCCUUUCCCCCCGACGCCCUGCUGGGCCCGGGAAUCCCUCGCCACGCCCGUCAGAUUCACACCCUGAACCACGGAGAGGUGGUGUGUGCCGUCACCAUCAGCACCUCGACGCGCCACGUCUACACCGGUGGCAAGGGCUGCGUCAAGGUGUGGGACAUCAGCCAGCCUGGAAGCAAGAGCCCCAUGGCCCAGCUGGACUGUCUGAACAGGGAUAACUACAUCCGCUCCUGUAAAAUCCUCCCUGACGGAAGGACCUUGAUUGUCGGCGGGGAGGCCAGCACGCUGUCAAUCUGGGAUUUGGCCACGCCCACUCCUCGCAUUAAGGCGGAGCUGACGUCUUCUGCACCCGCCUGCUACGCUCUGGCCAUCUCCCCUGACAACAAGGUCUGCUUCUCUUGCUGCAGCGACGGAAACAUUGUCGUCUGGGACCUUCACAACCAGACGCUGGUCAGGCAGUUCCAGGGCCACACAGACGGAGCGAGCUGCAUCGACAUCUCCAACGACGGAACCAAACUGUGGACGGGAGGGCUGGACAACACAGUCCGCUGCUGGGACCUCCGAGAGGGACGCCAGCUCCAGCAGCAUGACUUCACCUCGCAGAUCUUCUCUCUGGGCUACUGUCCGACAGGCGAGUGGCUGGCUGUGGGAAUGGAGAGCAGUAACGUGGAAGUUCUGCACGUCUCCAAACCUGACAAGUACCAGCUGCACCUCCAUGAGAGCUGCGUUCUCUCCCUUAAGUUCGCCUACUGUGGCAAGUGGUUUGUGAGCACAGGAAAAGACAAUCUGUUGAAUGCGUGGAGGACACCGUAUGGAGCUAGUAUUUUCCAGUCCAAGGAGUCCUCGUCUGUGCUGAGCUGUGACGUCUCCCCGGACGACAAGUACAUAGUAACGGGCUCCGGGGACAAGAAGGCCACGGUGUACGAGGUGGUGUACUGAGGGCUGGGACGAGAUGGGAAGAGACAGGACGGAGAUUUUUCUGGUGGUUUUUUUUGGAGGAUAGGGGAGGGGCAACCUGUCGCCCCGCCAACCGCUCCUGAUCCGCAUUACAUCAGCAACAGCAGCACCUCCGUUUCAGUCCUCUGAGCCCUCCUGACCCUCACCCCUAAUACAUCACCCCCUCUCCCCAGUUUUCCUGUGAUAUAAGCUACUGUGGAAGCUCCCAAAUGCCUCCUCCCUCCUCCCCCGUUCCCCUUUAAGCCCAAGGAUGAGGCAUGAUAGCAGAGAGAGAGGCAGAAAGGGAAGCAGCAAGAUAAGAAGGACAAAGGAAAAGGGCGGUGGAGCAUAAAGAUAAAGUCGGGAGGGAAAGACAAGAAGGAGGAGAGAAAGCGAGUGCGGAAGGAAGGGAAAUGAAAGGGAGCAUGAGGAGAGGGAGGAGGAGGAAAGAGGCAGGGUAAUUAGGGCUGUUUCCUGAUUAAGAGCUCAGUGGAAGGGAGGCCCCCAGAGGAGGCGCGGAGCGGCACUGUGGGAGCGCCAGCCAGGAGCACUGAUACCACACAAUCGAUUCAUUAGCCAGACAGUGGAAGCCUUAAUGAGGCUGACGCCGCAGCUCGCUCUCCCCAGCGAGAGGUGUCAGGAGCUCGGGAACGAUGACGCGCCGAGAUGGAGGGGGUCGCUUCAGAUAUCCACAUACACUGACAUGAAACAUAGACCUGCACACACGCGCACACACACAGGCGCACGUCAUCGGGCAAGAAUACACACACUCUCGGAUACACCCCCUUGAGGUGAUCGCAGGAAGAGAGAAACACACACACACACACACACACACACACACACACACACACACACACACACACACACACAACACACAGAGCACCCAAUUAAACAUUCGUCGCAGCGCUCCCCGUCUCACUGCUUAAUAUCUAUUUUAUUUUGGUCUGACAAAGGCAGCGUCUAAUGAGCAGCGGAGUCAGUGGGAUUCUCCCAGGGCCCAGAGACACAAACACAGAACAUCAGCCGAGCUGUUCCCUCUAAUUCCUCUGGAUUGUUCUCCUGACACCGGGCGCUGCACUCACUCUCAUUAAAGGCACUGUCAGCUAGAUGAAGUAGCAGCACGCCAACAUCACUGUAAGGCAGACAAGAGGGCAAAUUAACACCACCCGAUUACGCUAUCGUCAGCAGCAAACUAAGCAGCUAAUCCGGAUCCUGUUAAAUUGUAUGCAACUAGUUGCUGUUUUCAUUUACGCACCAGAUGAGAAUUACAUGUUUAUCAAAGUCAUUGUCUCCGUCUCUGCCUGCCUGCUGAUGUGCUAGUGUUCAUAGUGGCAAAAUCUUGUUCGGUGAGCUAUUGAUUGCUAAUAAUUGAUGAAAAUACACUUAUAGAUUUAAAUGAUUGAUGCCACUCUUUUGCUAAGUAUGAAGCAGCCUGCUAACCUAGCUUAGCAUAAAGACUGAAAACGGGAAACAACUAGCUUCUCUGUCCAGAAGUAACUAAAUCUACCCACCAGCCCCUCUAAAGCUCAUGAUUAACAUGUUGUUUCGUGUGUUAAAUCGACAACUUGCUGUUUCACGCAGUAACUUCCUGGAGUGUCCCCUGGUUUCCUGGUAACCUAGUCAUGCACAUAACCGCACUGUAAAACACCAACAUGUGGAUUUUACACUUCUGGUUAUGGUAUGGAUUAAACGACGAGAUCUAGCGUGUACAUUAGUGAUCUUUAAAGGUGGUGGUAGGUGGGUUUUGCUUCCUUUGGACGGAGCCAGCCUAGCUGCUCCCCAUUGUUUCCAGACUUUAUGCUAAGCGACUGCUGGCUCUGGCCUCAUAUUUACAGUACGAUGUGGGAGUCGUAGCAAUCUUCUGAUAUAACUCUCAGCAAGAAAUCAAAUAAGCGUAUUUCCCAAAGUAUUUUCCAAAAGUAUGAACUAUUUCUUUGAACCUGAUUCUAGCUCUUCAGUCCUCUUUGUAUCAUAUUCCAAACUGUCAGGCAAACUGUAUAUCAGAGCUUUCUGCUUCAGUAGAACAUGCGUCACCAUUAUGUAGACUAAACAGGCACAUUUUAAGCUUUUCUUUUAUUACUCCUUUAUUUCAGUAUUUUUUAUAAAUAGUUAUUGCUCGUCUUAUGUAAUGAUAUGUUUAUGUAUUGGGGUUGCCUAUGACUGCGUUUCAGGUUCAGGGGAGCAAACAGAGGGACGCACUCACACAUGGAGACGUACAAAAUCAAGUAGAACACAGGCGGGAAAAAUAUUUUUGUUCUUUUAACUUUUUCUUUUUUAAAUAAGUGUGUUUUUAUCCUUGGUGGUGGUGACAGGCAGAGGGCAUACAACAUCAGCAGUCCAGUGUAAAGAAAAAUAAAUAAGGCCCUCCGUUUUGUAGGUUGUUUUUGUUUUAUUCCCUUUCUUUUCAAAAGUGGUAGUAAAUGUAAUGCAGUCUGUUUUCAGUCCUUAUUGUGCAGCUGAACUAUGUUUUUCUUGAGUCCGGGGUCAGUGUACAGCAGGCGUCGGCUGCGACAUGACAAUUCCAAUUCAGCCAUCGAAGAGGUCCCACUUUCUACUGCAUGCUUGUGCACUAAAGCUCCACUUCUGCUGAUAGAACGAGACAAAUCAAAUUUUACUCAGUAGAUACAGUGAACGGUCUCACGGCUUUACAUUACAGUAUCCAACUCAAUUCAACUGUAUGUUUUGGCCAAAUUUGCCCAUGUUUCUCAAUGCAGCGCUAAUGCAGGAUAGAAGAAUUCUGAGGAACUUCUCUAAUGGCUCCUAUACGGACGAGGAGUCAGAGAUAAUCUGUACAGUUCAAUGCCUUUGCCUGCCUCCUUCCCUUUCUGCCUGUCAGCCACAGGCAGACCUAGAUGAUAUUCUCAUACACAAGCUUGUAUACUACUCAGAAUGAUGUUGUAUAAUGGCUAUGCAUUUGGUGGUAUAGCGUGAAUAUUUGAGACAUUGUAUUUGAUACUCUUCUUUACCUGUCAGUAACGUAGCUCCCCUCUGCUUGUGCUUUCUCUGUUCCAACAGUAUAACAACUUUUAUUUUCCGUCAUACAAGCCCGUGUUUAGUUUUUCUUUUAAAAAGCCAAGGAUAUUUUUUUUUUACUGCUAAAAAAUCCCUUCUGAUGCGUUUCCUAUGUGCUGUACAAGAAAUACUAUGUGUGAAAAUAAACCAAACUUGUGUUCAUCCUUU